AUGACACCGUCAGAUAAUUUUCUAGGGAGUGGAAGUCAUUUCACAGUUGCUUCAAUGAAAGACAAUACCCUUGUUAACAUAGUGUUUGCUGCUGAUCAUGACAUAAAGAUAGUGCUACAGGGAAGAAGUUAUGGGAGAGGUGAUACAUUCAAUAUCAUUUUGAACAGGUAUCAAACAUUUCAAAUUGGACAUAAUGCUGAUAUGACAGGGACAACGAUCCGUUCUUCUAAUCCGGUCGCGGUCUUUGCAGGGAAUAGGUGUAUUACUGUCGGGUACCAUGGGUACUGCAGCAUGCUUAUGGAAAUGGUUCCACCAACUGAAGAACUAGAUAACGUAUUCAUCGUUCCACCAAAUAUUCAUAGAUUCCAAUCGCAUGUACGCAUUUCCUCGGUUGUAAAAACGGAUAUUAAAUAUACUACCAAAGAAAUCACAACGAGGACACAUCUUUUGAAAAAUCGGUUUGCUGAAUUUAUCGUUCGCGAAAACGAAGUGGGCGUUAUAUUUUCUACCAAACCUGUUUUAGUGAACAGUAUUGCUGUAUCUUCAACCAAGGCUAAAGUAUAUGGCGAUACAUUCAUGUUGACGAUCCCUGGAAUUAAUCAGUAUCUCAACACAUACACCAAUUUCGUGCCUACUGGAUAUAAUUUUAGCUUUGCUAUUUUUGUAAUAAGAAACGAUUCUCUGAGAAAUCUUCAAAUCAACGGAACAAACAUCGAUGUAGAUAGCUGCCUUUUUCAUUCGUCCGUUCUAGUUGGAAUGGAUCUAUACAAUGUUUGUACCGCAAGUGUUCCAAGUGGAGUAAUUAAUGUAGAAACCUCUGAUGGGUCGCGAUUUGGUUUUAUCGUUAUUGGUCAAAGCAAACAUGAUGGUCAUGGCUACGCUGGAAAUGCAUUGUUGACCACUGACUGUGAGACUUAA